AUGUCGCUGUUGACCUCAGACAAGACAAACCUGCAACACAGUAGACAUCUGCAACGACGGUCAAUGUUUGCAAGGUGCUCAGCCAGGGCAUCGAGCAAUUUGAACCAUGCUGCUCAACCACCAGCCCUGAGGAUCGCUCCUCGCUUCAAAUCCACCACCUCAGAAACUUCGCCAGACCCCAGCAGCCGGCCGAAAUCUCGUGUCUCAAAGCGCAGCGUCUUUGUCGCGGCAUGGACGGCCCUGGGUGUAGUUGCCGGGUGGCAGAUAUACAAUUACAACUCCAAGCGUGACUCUUUCGUGGCAUACACGUUGGUCUCAAAACAACCCGUCUCGUCGACCGCCAGCAUAUUCCACUUGGAACCUAAACAGCCCUCGUCCAAUUUCGAGAAGUACAAAGAGGCAUGGAGGAAGGGAAUAUGGAAUGUGGACUUCAAGCAGCCUCAACUUCAAAUCGUGAGAGCCUACACUCCCCUCCCACCCGUCGAAGAAGGCACAGAUGCAGAAAAGAAGAACAAGGAGAAGCACGAUGAGCUGCGCUUCCUCAUCCGCAAAGAUCCCCACGGCGAGGUGUCCAGCUAUCUACACAAACUGCCCAUCGGGGCUGAGAUCGAGAUGCGCGGACCCAAUCUGGAGUACGAAUUGACUCCUGAUGUGCGACAGAUUGUCUUCUUCGCAGGCGGGACGGGCAUUGCGCCAGCACUCCAGAUCGCGCACGCGCUUUUUGAGGGGCACAACGACGACCAUGGCGAUGACUCCGGACGGCAACAAAAGGGAAAUAGCAAGACAAAGAACUUGCAUAUUCUCUGGGCGAGCAGGAUGCGCGAAGACUGCGCAGGCGGGGUGAGCGACGCCGCUCCGUCUGAGACCGUACCGCCCAAACCCACAUGGUCGGGUCUCUUCUCACGGCCAAAGGCAAAAAAGCCAAACACCCCGCCACCCCAGUCCUCAGAAAAAGGUCUGAUCGUGAAGGAACUGGACGCCCUCAAGGAGAAGUACCCGGGCCAAGUGACGGUCGAGUACUUUGUCAACGCAGAGGAUACGUGGAUCGACGAGGAUGCCGUUUUCAGGGCCCUGUCGCGUUUCGACGAUAAAGAAUUCAGCGCUGGCACCGCCGCCCCGGGCCAGAGACAGAUCUUGAUCUCGGGCCCGCCCGGCUUCAUCUCGUACCUUGCCGGGCCCAAGGAGUGGAGAGGUGGGAGAGAAGAGCAAGGCCCCGUCAGCAGGAUCGUCGCCCAUGCCAUCUCGAAGAAUCCGCAUGAUGUUACCGUGUGGAAGAUCUGA